GAAGCAGCUGGAGUGGGAGCCAUGUUGCUGUGUUCUUUGACCUUCGCCUUCAUCUUGAUGGUGGUUUCUGGUAUCAAGUGCAAUGGGACAGAAGUGUGUGCUGGAAGCCCUGGCAUCCCUGGAACUCCUGGAAACCAUGGGUUACCCGGCAGAGAUGGAAGAGAUGGUAUCAAAGGAGAUCCUGGACCCCCAGGCCCUAUGGGUCCCCCUGGAGGAAUGCCAGGAGCCCCUGGGCAGGAUGGUCCACCAGGAGCCCCUGGUGCACCCGGAGAGCAUGGGGACAAGGGAGAGCCUGGCGAGAGGGGUCCUCCAGGCUUUCCAGCUUAUCUGGAUGAGGAACUGCAGACCGAACUCCAGAUGUUCAGACAUCAGAUCCUGCAAACAAUGGGAGUCCUCAGCUUGCAAGGGUCCAUGAUGGCCGUGGGAGAGAAGGUCUUCUCUACCAAUGGGCAGUCAGUCAACUUCGAUGCCAUUAGUGAGACAUGUACCAGAGCAGGUGGCAACAUUGCUGUUCCAAGGAACGCAGAGGAGAAUGAGGCUCUUGCAAGCAUCGUGAAGAAGUACAACACUUAUGCCUACUUGGGCAUGGUUGAGGGAGAGACUCCUGGAGAUUUCUACUACCUGGAUGGGGCCCCUCUGAACUACACCAAUUGGUACCAAGGGGAGCCCAGGGGUUGGGGCAAAGAGAAGUGUGUGGAGAUGUAUACAGAUGGGACAUGGAAUGACAAGAGCUGCCAGCAGUACCGCCUGACCAUCUGUGAGUUCUGA